AUGUUAAAUAAACCAGAGUUGUCAAAAGAAUUAAGUGUUUUCUUGGAAUUGUUACAUUAAGAUAAUGGAGAGUAUAAGGGAUAUGAAAAUUAUUUAAUUGGGAGUGAUCUAGAUGAUAUGGAUAUUCAUAGUAAGAGAGGAGUCAAUAAGGAUCUCUCAAUUAUUUAUAGUUAACCUGAAAGUGAAGUAUCUACAUAGAGAGACAAUGCUUCUCUCAAUAUUGGAGACUUAUUUUCAGUUAUUUUUAGAGAUCUAGAAAAUUAAGUGUAUUCUACAUUAUCUUAGAGAAUAAAAUAAUUACAAGUAAGAUGGUUAUUUAAACUAAGUAAUAAAUUCAUAUUUAUAUGAUGAGAGUAUCUGAGAAAUUGAAUGAAUUCUAAUUGUAAAAUUAAAGUCUUGAAACUAAUAAUAAACUAUUAGUUCAAGCUCUAAACUCAUCUCAAUAAGAGAUUCAAGUAUUGGCUGUGUCUCAUGAAGAAACUUCUAAUAAAUUGAAGAAAUCUAUUUAGGACUUAAAGAAAUAAUGCGUAAUUUAAAUUAAUAUUAAUUAAGGAGGAAUUACAUAAAUCCUUAGCUUACACAUAAUAAAUUAAUUAAAAUUUAUUAUAAUAAAUUGAUAGAGAACAGUCAAACUAUAAAAAGAAUGAAGAGGAAUUUAGAGAUGCUUCUCAAAGAUUAAUUAAAAGUAAUUAAGCUUUGCGGUAAAAGAUACCUUUUAUAUAUAGUGAAAUAAUUGUUAAUAUUGGCAAUAUCUCUCCUAUGCACAAAAGUAAAUUGCAAGAAGUUAUUAAAUACUUGACUGAUGGAAGAGAUACAAAAUAAUAAGAACUUAGAAGUGGACGUAGUUAAUCUAGAAAAUAAAAGGAGAAUAAUAGUCUCCAUUAUUGUAUCUCAAAAUUAUCAUCUAGCCACUCUCAAUAUUAGCAGUUCUAGAAACAAAAAAUCAAUGUCUCCUCAAGGAUUCACAUCAACAAGAAAAUAACAAGGUGUUAAUGUAUUGGAUACAAAUUAUUAAACAUCUUAUAAAGAGUUAUUUUUAAAGAGUUUAAAAGUAACAAAAUAAAAAUGA